CACCCGGUUGCCGAGACAGUAGGCAGUCAGUCGUAUAAAUAUUCCCCAAAGCAAAAAAAUCAGAAGCUCAAUUUAUUUUAGUGUUUAAUUAUUAAUAUUAUUUUGUGCCGGGCGCUCUUCCUCUUGUCUUGUGACAUCCAAUUCUCGCUUCGCCUGUGUUCACCUUUCUUCGGUUUCUGACAAUUAUCCAAAUCUUGUUUCUGCUCCUUUUCAAUUCUGCUGCCCCUCCGUUCCAUGAAGUUUGCUCUGCGUGCGGUUCCAUCGGAGGCGUAUUUUACCAACUCCAACUCUGCCACGUCCUUGCCCGUACAAUGAGUGCGGUGAACAUCACCAACGUCGCCGUGCUCGACAAUCCGGCCUCUUUUUUGUCCCCUUUUCAGUUCGAAAUCUCCUACGAAUGCGUUACUCCUCUCAAAGACGAUCUGGAGUGGAAACUUAUUUACGUAGGAUCUGCUGAAGAUGAAACUUAUGACCAACUUUUGGAAAGUGUUCUUGUUGGCCCAGUCAACGUUGGCAAUUAUCGUUUUGUUUUGCAGGCAGACCCUCCGGAUCCUUCCAGAAUUCGCGAGGAAGACAUUAUAGGUGUCACGGUGCUUUUAUUGACAUGCUCUUACGUGGGACAAGAAUUUGUCCGUGUGGGCUAUUAUGUCAAUAAUGACUAUGAUGAUGAGCAGCUGCGAGAGGAGCCUCCCCAGAAGAUCAUGAUUGACAGGAUUCAGAGAAAUAUAUUAUCUGACAAACCAAGAGUGACCAAAUUUCCCAUCAAUUUCAACCCGGAAAAUAGUGAGAACGGAGAACAAGCUCCUUCCCCUGAUCAAGUUGCUGAAGCAGAUAAGCAUGAAGAAGAGACACUCCACUCAGCAAAUAGCAUUUCAGAUAAAGAUGAGCCUAAAACAUGAUGCGACUAACUUCUCCAAUUCCAUGGCUUCUUUAGUCAUCAUGUUGUUGCUGGGUAUCCGCGUUUGACAUUGUUAGUUUAAAUUAGAUCUCAACUAGGAUGGUUUUAUUUUUUGUGGCUGCUAUUUGCUGUCAAAACUGUCAGUCGUUUUGGUUCUUGCAUCAGUUAAUGCAAGCUAUGCCGUGCAAAUAUCUGGCAUCGGUUUCUUAUGGGGCUACAGGAAAUAUAUUUGUAGUUUUCAGAUCUUCCAAAUUCUAAGGUGUUCAAGGACUUGUGCAGUGUUGAGCCAUUUUUAGUUCAAACUUAUGGCUUAGGAGCCAUUUUUUUUUUGUUCGAGAAGCUUUAGGAGCCUCUUUUUUGCUGGCUUUUGCCUGUUACUAAAGUUACAGUUUUGUUAAUGUGAUUUUUGUGUUUUUGUAAAAACCUGCUGACGAAAGGAAAUCUGUUGAAGCGUGGAAUGCAAUUUGUAGGGGUGAUUUUGAAA